AUGGCGGCUCAAUCACCUCCCCCCAAUGUUUCGCAAUCUCAAAAGGCCACUGGGAACGGCAACGGGCUCUGUGACCAUUGUCAUAAGAAGCCAAAGUUUUCCAACCACGACUACUGCUCAAAGACAUGCGCAUCGCAAGCCGCAAACAUGUGCAACCAUUGUCAGAAGAAACCCAAAUUCCAGAACUUUGACUUCUGUGGGAAGACCUGUGCUUCCCUCGCUCAGCAAUCGGGUGGUAACAGUAAACCUCAACAAUCCAAGGCGACGUCUUCCAAACAGAAUUCUUCCGCGAAGGCGACACCCAACUCUCAGCCGAACGCGUCGACCACUAGCCUUGGUAACACCACCAUUCACUUGCCGCAGAACACAGCGCCAACGGAUCCCGUAGAGGUUGCUAAGCUCAUCGUAAACCAAAUUCCUCUCUUCCAAGCAUUGUUACAAUCCCCAAACGCACCUCGACUGGUUUUCCAUCAUGGAAAACCAGGAGACCCGACGCCCGCACCUGCUCCAAAGGCUACAAUCGGUCCAGCUCCUCAAGCCACUGACAGUAACAACAAAUCUGCCGCCGCCGCCGCCACCGCCAGUCACUCCAUGCAGAACGGUAACAGCACUACGGCCUCACGCAGUGCCGGAGGAGUCCAGUUGGUGAAUGUGCCUGUUGAACAACCUCAGGCAGGCGCAGCUUCGAACACCCAAUGUCGAAUUCCUGGCUGUGGAAAGCCUGUAUACGUCGAUGCGAACGGACAGAGCACAAGCGAAUAUUGCUCCAUGAGCCACCGUCAAGAAGCAGUCUCGUCCGGUCUAGUUGAACCUUGCAUUAUGUGUCUUGAUCUACCUCAGUCCGGGGAAGAUUAUUUCUGUGGUAGAGCGUGUAAGGAGGAGGCGUUGGACAAGAAUUUGCCAAUUCCGGUGCGCGAUUGA